CAGUGAGGGCCGUCCAGGCCAACCUCCAGGGCCAGUCUCGCCUUCAUGACGCCAACACAGUGAAUCCCAGUCCGAGCGCUACCGACACCGCUGCUGCUGCUCUGCUCUGCUCCCGUGGCCACACACUGCCACCUUGAACUCUGGUUCUCCUCUGCCUGGGUGACGGAUCGACCGCGACACAAAACACAAAGAAGAAGAAAGAGAUGGAUGCGGGGGGAGCGAAGACCACAAAGUGAGGCGUUUGUUUUUUUUCUCCAGGACAACACUGGGAAAUAAGGGACAACAUGGGAAAACGAACAAGCUCAAGAUCAAACGCUGGACGUGGGAUCAAGACCCUAAUCUAAAAAAGCCUGAGCCAUCGCCCCCGGUGUGCCACGAGUGCAGCCGGCAGUCCCUGGAGGUUUUCGGGUUGUGCUCUGACAUCCAGCUGAUGUCAGUGGAGAGAACAGAACAGAAAUAUAGGAAAGGGACAAUCAGGCAGAAAGCAGUAUGCUGACACCUUCACCGUGGGAGAAAGAGACAGAGGUUCACGAAGCCUGACAACACAAGCGUACCGCUUCUGUCAAACACUUUGUCAGCACAAACUACGCCCCCCCCCCCCCCCCACCUGGGAAGGAUUCUUUGUACUUUGUAACUUUUGAACCCACCGCGGUGGAACCCAGGUCUACCCCUGUAUCGACGGGGCGAGGGAGAGCUCCACGAGCAGCCUCGGAGAUGAUCCACAACACCCUCAAGACCCCAGAGCCGCUGGGCCGAAGCCCCCGCAGCACGCACUCGCCCGCCCAGAGGAGGCUGUGGCGAUACUCGGUUGGCUGCCGGGGCUCCCCGUCCUCCUCCUCCACCUCCUCCACCUCCGGCAACCCCACCAGCACCACCGUCCUGACCCAGACCCACCGCAGGAGCGUGUGCGUGCUGGCCGCUGACCUGGGAGGAGGAGGUGGAGGAGGAGGUGGAGGAGGUGGAGGUGAAGGUGUUCUCCAUACGAUCCACGGGCUGUGCCACCUCUGCAUCGGAUGUAGGCUGCCUCAGGUGAACAUCCUUCGAGGAAAGGACGGCUAUGGCUUCACCAUCUGCUCAGACUCCCCGGUGAGGGUCCAGGCUGUCGACCCAGGAGGCCCAGCCGACCAGGCCGGUCUCCAGCACUUAGACACACUCCUGCAGCUGAACGGACAGCCCGUGGAGCAGUGGAAAUGUAUAGACCUAGCCCACGCCAUCAGAAACAGCUCCAACGAGAUCCGCGUGGUGGUGUGGCGCACGGGCCCCACCGCCAAGCCCAGCUUCGAGGGUCUCGUCCACCGGCCGGCCUACAAGCCCUCCACCUCCAACUACGACGCCCCGUCCCCGCCCACGCGCAGGCGGAUGGGCGUCCCCAGCAAGACCCCGCCCGCCGUGCCCCCGCUCCCCGCCCACCACCGCCCAACCCCCGCCCCCGGCACCACCCGUAGGCUCCUGCUCAACGGCUCGGAGCUGGGAGGCGGAGGGGGUCCGGGGUGGGGGGGCCGGGUGGGUUCGGCCGAGGAGCUGGACGGGGGGCACCCCAGGGCCCAGCAUCAGCAUCAGCAGCAGCAGCAGCAGCAGCAGCAGCAGCAGCAGCAGCAGCAGCACCACCUCCUCCACCACCCCCAUGCCACGGCCACGCUGAAGGGCACCCGGGUGAAGGCGUCCAACGGGGACAACUACAUCAUCCUGGCGCCCAUCAAUGCUGGAAGCCAGAUUUUAAGGCCUGUCUACCCAGAUAAUCAGGGCACGUUGGCCUCCAGCAUUGCCUCAAGGCUGUACCCCACAAGACAGCCACCUGCGCCACCGCCACAAGGGGGCGCUGGUGGCACCUUUGCUGGCGGUGCCGCUAGUAAUUUCGGCGGCGGCGGCGGCGGCGGUGGCGGUGGCGGUGGCGGAGGCGGCGGCGGCGGCGGUGGUGGAGGUGGUCUCUCCAGCCGAACCAACUUCCUUCGUCGAUCUGGCAACUCGAAAACCAAGAACAGUUCUACCACGAACGCUAACGCCAACUACCAGCCGCACAAUGCCAACUUCGCCAACUACCAGAACUGCACCAUCGUCCGCUCCCACACGUCCCACGCUAACUACGGCUACGUCAAAGUAGCGCCGAAGAUCCUAAUUUUCCCAAUAUUUGUUCAGCCGCUGGACCUUUGCAGUCGGGCCCUCAUUAUCACAGAGGAGAUGGUGUUACACGAGAGUCAGCACCAUUCACUCAAGGUGACAGUAUUUGUCUACACGGACCUGAUGCUGGUGACCAGGGAAGACGAGCCAGGCAGGUGCAAUGUGCUCCAGAGCCCUCUGUUCCUCCGACAGCUGCGAUUACAGGAAGAUCACGCGGAGGAACUCAGAUUCUACAUUAUUCACAUGACGGAGAAGUGUGACUGCCUGCUCAGCCUGGAAGCCUACUCGGUGGACCAGAAGCGCCGCGUGUGUCAGUGCCUGAAGGAAAACAUCGACAAGCAGAUCCAGCUCCAGAGAAGGGAGCCCGUGGCCACGCACUUUGAGCAGAUGUUGGAGCCGAAGGUGGACGUCCCCCCCUGUGAGCUGGGCGGAGGGGUCCUGGGCGGGGCGGACCUGGAGGGGGUGAUGGGGGUGGAGCUGGGGAUGCCCCGCCCGCCCGGCUUCCAUCACUCGGAAGGGGAGGAGAGCAGCCUGUACCCGUCCAGCCCCUCGGAGCCCCACAACCUGGGCAGCCCCCGCACCUCCUCGCCCCUCACCCCCCUGGAGGACAUCUACACCCCGCUGGGGGGCUCCGCCGACCGACACAGGGUGCCCCCCACCCCACCGCCCUCCACGGAGGGGGAGGACUGCAAGAGCAUGGGCAGCUCGGAGCUGGAGAUCUGGAAGGUGGAGAAGAGCGAGAUGACGGAGGAGGAGGAGGUGAGGAGCGGACUGGAGGGAGACUAUGAGGGGGAGGAGGGGGAGGUGGGAGAAAGUGUGAAGAGUACUGAAAGUGAGGAGAUCAGAGGAGAUCCCGACGACGAAGGAGGGGACGGCGAGAGAUCGCUGGGGGAGGCGGGAGAAGGGGAGGAGCCGGCCCCGAACGAGAACGCCGGUGAGGAGGAGGAGGGGGAGGAGGAGACCGCCUCCGAGCCGCCGGACGCCACCGCACCUCCCUCCUCCUCCUCCUCCUUCGUCAUCCCCGAGCUCCGGCUGGACCGCACCUUCAGCGCCGACGCCCUCUCCUCCCCGUGCAGCGUCGAGGGCGAGGAGGAGGAGGGCGAGGACGAGGACGAAGACGACGAGGACGAAGAGGAAGAUGAGGACGAAGACUCCGAAGACGAGGAGGAGGAGGAGGAGGAGGACGACAGCGACGACACCUGCCUCCAGCGCAGCGACAGCAAGCGGCGCAGCAUGGUGGAAGCCACCUCCUCCACCUGCGAGAAGCAUGGCGCGGGCGGCGGCGGCGGCGCGUGCCGGCUGAGCGUGCAGAACUCCCUGCGCCGACGCACCCACAGCGAGGGCAGCCUCCUGCAGGAGCCGCGCACCACCUGCUUCAACUCCAACAACGCCAUCCACUGCCUGGAGGGCGGCGGCGGCGGCGGCGACGGCGGGGGCCACCACAAGGGCGGCGGCUGGACCCUGCCGUCGCCCAAGACCCUGACCAAGAACGGGGGCUCCAUGCACCAGCUGUGCAUGCUCUUCUCCGGCCGCAAGCUCAGCUCCGGGUCGACCUGCAGCUGCGAGGUCUCCUCAGACGGGAAGAAGAAGAAAAAGUCCUCCAAGAACCUGGCCAAAGAUAUGAAGAACCGCCUGGCGUUCCUGCGGAGAAGGAAUGAGUCUCCAGGAAGCAGCCCUGCUAGCAAGCUGGACAAGACCAUGAAGUCAGUCAAGCCCACGCCAGAGGAGGCACUGAAGUGGGGCGAGUCGCUGGACAAGCUGCUGGUGCACAAAUAUGGCCUGGCAGCUUUCCGAGCGUUCCUGCGCACCGAGUUCAGCGAGGAGAACCUGGAGUUCUGGUUGGCCUGCGAGGACUACAAGAAGGUCAAGUCCCAGUCCAAGAUGGCGUCCAAGGCCAAGAAGAUCUUCGCCGAGUACAUCGCCAUCCAGUCAUGUAAAGAGGUGAACUUGGACUCGUACACACGGGAACACACCAAGGACAACCUCCAGAGUGUGGCGCGCUCCUGCUUCGACCUGGCCCAGCGCCGGAUAUACGGCCUGAUGGAGAAGGACUCGUACCCCCGCUUCCUGCGCUCCGAGCUCUACCUGGACUUGGUCAACCAGAAGAAAUCCAGCGGCACCUCCACGUCCUCGUCCUCGUAGGAGAAGAAGGGGGCGGGCGGAGAAACUAAAAGGAGCCACGGACGAUGAGAGCGGAGGAGGGUGGAGGGGGCAGAUGCUCAGAGAGAGAGAGAGAGGAAGAGGAAGAGAGAAACACAGACACUUUGAGUGGGUUUCGGUUUACGUCUCCUUAUUUGCCUUUUUUGUUUUUGGGGCUUUUUGUUUUGGUGUCGCGGUAGCCACACCACCCGGCCACCGUGAUGUGUGUUUUUUUGAUUUUGGUUUUUUUGGUGGUUACGGUGAGAGAGAGAGAGAGAGAGAUGACCAAGCUAUGGCACUGCAAAGAAACGAUGUUUACUCAACGAAGCCGCGUGGAUGGAUGGAUGUGUGGACGGAUGGAUGGAUGGAUGGAUGGAUGGAUGGAUGGAUGGAUGAAUGGGUGGUUAGGACGUGUGGGCGGAUGGAUAGUAAAAAAAAAAAGAUAUUGUGGCCAAUGAGGGGGCCAAAACAGGAGCUGGAUUCUUCUCUGAUCGCUGUACUGUUUUUGGUUUCACAGUCCAGACUUUAAUGUUAUUUCUGUGUAUUUAAGUUGUUGUUCCGGUUGGACAAAGGAGGCGGAGGGGGUAUGGACACAAGCCCCCUUGCUGACAUGAAGACAGUCCGGUACUGUCCGGUCACACCCCCACCCCCACCCUCCUGUUCUUUUCCCCGUUUUUUUCCGAACUCCUCCACCUCCUCCUCGGGGAAGCCAGUGUGAAGCUGUUUUGUUUUUGGUACGAUCCUGUGUUUUGUUUCUUUUUCCCUGUUUGAACGUCAACGCUGUCUAAGACAUGGGUGGGUGGGUGGGUGGGUGUAGGGGGGGGGGGGCAUGGGGGAGAGUGGGCUCAUGACAGUCGACGUGUCGGACUAACUAGAACUUCGGUUCGAUAUUCCGCACGCUGUAGCGCCGCAGUGCACGACAACGCAAGAACCCAAACGAGAAACAAUCACACAUUCGCGCCUGACGGAAGGUGGCGACCCCAGGCCUCUCUGUGUACAAAAAAGAGAAAAAGAGUUCCUGCUUGGUUUGAAUUCAUCACAAACAACAUUAUGCCAAGUGACGCCACCGCGAGGGAGGAACAAAAAAAACAGCAACAACACAAGCGUAACCAGGAACGCACAAACACGCGCCUGGCACCCAACGCGGCUGUGCGUGUCCGUUGCGUAGAUCACAACAAACAGACGAGAAAAAAAAGAAACGGGCUAAAAGAGACUUUCUGCCCGUCUUCAAAGACUGUUCGCAGCGGACGACGAGACGAAAAGAACGGAAGCAAACGCUUGCAAAAUGUUCGCACGAGCCAAAAACACACAAGGCGUUUGUUCUUCCACUGUAGCUGCUCCAGGGCUCCUCGAGGAAGCCUUCUCAGGACAUUAAAGCGCUCCACGUUUGAUGUUCACCGCUCUGUUUAAACUUGUUUGGAAAUGUCUUCUGCCGUUUUCUUCUGUUUGUUUUUUUACGUGUAUAUUUUUUCCUCUUAUUUUUUUUAUAUCUGCGUUAGGUAUAAUAUCUGCACUCCAUAAGUAUACCGGGCACUAAGUAGAUCUUGCUCAUUUAUUUGUCAUAGACACGGUUAAAGGAAGAAGUAACAAAUUUGUGUUUAUUGUAUAAAGUUUGCAUAAAGUUUGCCUAUUUAUUUAGAUAACGUUGCAGAACUGCUUUCUCUAUCUCCCGAUAUCACUUCCUUCAGCUCAGAGCGCGUUCUCUUCCUCUUUAAAACCACAAACUACGAAACAGGUCACGUGCAGACCCGAACUUUAAGUGCAAUAUUUAUAUAUUUCUUUGGUGCGUUCUUUUUGUUUUUAUUUUUACGAGGGCGGGGGGGGGGGGGGAUAUAAAACAGCUUAAGCUCUAUAUAAAUACAACUAUUUGUUAAGAGAAAAAGACACAUAACUUAGAGCUAUAAGGUUGACCAUAAGGACUUAAAACGUAAAAAGGAGUGUGAAGUAGUUUUGAGUUUUACUGCAUUAUUAUUAUUAACUGUGCGUGUGUGAUCUCUGGCAGCAGGCAGCCGGGGACGUUACCGAUGUAAAUAUAAUUCUUUAAGAAAACGGACGAGAGAAAAAGUUUGUUUUAAAAAAAGAAAUCGACAAAAAAACAAAACAAUAGGUCUUGACAUGUCGUGAGCGUGGGGCCUGGCUGAAAUACGAUAAGAUAACAGGAUGUUGUCAUGAAUAACCAUGACAACAACACAAGGUGGCUGGUACGUUGGUGCGGCCACGGUCAAAAACACAGCUUGUAAGGAGUUAUAUGGACUACAGUUUCAUCAUUUUCACUGUUUACAAUGGAAGACGUGUCUCCUAAGGUAGCAAGCAAAGUUGAAAUAGAGUACAUUUGGUGUCAUUGCUAAUGAACAAUAAAAACUACCAACUGAUGAAGUCA